UGCAACUCGCAUGCCUCGUGCCCCUUUUGGAAAUCAGGAAUGUUCGCAGUUCACUUUCUUUCUGUGCACCCUCACGUCCUCCCUGAGUAGACGGAUCCUUGGUUCGAACUUUGGCGCGCUAGAAGGAUCUAGCUGACCAUUUGUGACGUCCUGUGGUCAGGCACGGCUAGAGUUAAGAAAAAGCUCUGCAGCUGCAGACUUGGCUUUUAAAUGUGUCAAAGGACGUCUCAAACUCUUGUGCGAAGUCUCCUCAUCUGUGCAAAUGUAAGGAGCCAAUCGUGUUUCCCCGUCACAAGUGUAGAAUAAGUGGUGUUGUAGCUAAGAUUACUCAGAAAUAUAUCAUUUUAAGGACAAUACAUGCGCAGCCAGCGCAAUGGCGGUACCCAAAGUGGUUCUGGUCACUGGCUCAUCAGAGGGGGGGAUCGGAGCAGGCCUGUGCGAGGCGUUCCUCAAGCAGGGGUGCCGCGUGUUUGCCAGCGCCCGUCGAUUGGAGAGCAUGAAAGGUCUGGAAAAGCAAGGAUGUGACUUGGUGCAGUUAGAUGUGUGUGAUGAGGCGUCGAUCAAGAAGUGCGUGGAGAGUGUGGUGGCAAAGGCCGGCCGCAUUGAUAUUCUGGUUAACAAUGCUGGGGUUGGCUUGAUUGGGCCCCUGAUGGAUCUCCCCAUAGACAGCGUACGGAACCUCUUCGAGACAAAUGUGUAUGGCGUUAUCGCCAUGAGUCAGGCAGUGUUUCCCGUCAUGGCGAAACAAGGGGGCGGGACAAUAGCCAACAUUGGCAGCAUUGCAGGCUGGCUGACUACUCCAUGGGGCGCCGCAUACUGCGCCAGCAAGGCUGCGAUCCAGUCCCUCACGGACGGCAUGCGGAUGGAGAUGAAGCCGUUUGGGAUCGACGUCGUGUUGAUCCAACCGGGGGCAAUCAAAAGCAACCUUGGCAAGAACAACGCGGAGCGACUAUACUUUGAGGAAGAAGGGCGGUACAAACCGUUCGGAGAUGCGAUACGGGCACGCGUGGCGUUCUCGCAGCAGCCGGGCGCGACGCCGACGGACGAGUUUGCGGAAAAGGCCGUUGCAACCAUUCUUAAAACCAGCCCCCCCGCCCACUGGUUCUACGGCAAGCACUCUUGGACCGUGUACAUACUCUCCAACUUCUUUCCAAUUUGGAUACAAGAUUGGAUGCUCGGGCGUCAGUUUAACUUGAGUGCGAAGCUGCCACUCAAGAAAGGGGAAGGGCGAAAAACAGAAUGAAUUGCUGUUAGGCCCGCCUGAUACGUACCUACGGUGGCGCCUCAACGACAUGUACAUACUAGGCAUACAGACGUGUUGCACUGUCAAAAAAUAAUGGGUUUGUUUCUCUGGUAACUUGUGAAGGAAGCAGGCUGAUUCAACUCCAGGCUUGGCACGUCACAUCGAGGUUUGGAUAGUUUGCGAGGCCCUCAGUGUUUCACGGUUGAUCACUGAUCCCGCUUAGUAGCUCACACCCCAUGUUGGCCGGACCACGGUCCGCCAUGAUCAUCUUACCCCCUUCAGUUAGACCUCAGACUGGCCGCCUUGAACUUCGUUACUAACAGUGACUACCGUACACUAUAGUUGAUCGCGACUAAUUGGUUCAGCGGAGAUCGCGCUAUAGUCUAACUAACACGAGUUUACUGCAUGGCGAGGGGCCAGGCUUGUAUGUAGCGAGUUGAAAUUUCCUAAAGUAAGCCUCGGCCCCGACCAAGCAGACCAUUUGUGAAACCGGCCCCGCGCCGCGCAUGGCGGCCGGGACGGUUGCUUAAUCAAAGAGCUGUC